AUGCUCUCUAAAGUUAAUACUAACUUACCUUUGUUGGAUGUUGUCAGGAAUAAACUAGCUUAUGCAAAAUUCUUUGAAGAGUUGAGCACCAACAAAAGGCGAUAUGCGAACAACGAAAAAGUACAAGUAGCAAGUGUAAUGCUUCAGCAUCAAUUGCCCCUUAAGAUAAAGGAUCCUGGUAGCUUCACCAUUAAUAUUACAAUAGGUGACAAAAAUGAUACAAAAGUCAUGUUAGAUUUGGGAGCAAGCAUCUACUUGAUGCCGUAUUCGAUGUAUGAACUACUUGGCUUGGGAGAGUUGAAGCCUACCACUAUGUCUCUUCAAUUUGCAGACAGAUCGAUAAAAUAUUUUAGAGGUAUAGUGGAAGACUUGCUAGUACAAGUAGGUAAGUUAAUAAUUCCAGUUGAUUUUGUAGUACUUGACAUGGAAAACACACCAGCAAGGGAUAAAGAGCAAACCAUACUCCUUGGUAGACCUUUCAUGGAAACUACUAGAACUGUGAUUGAUAUGCAUGAAGGAAAACUUACCAUGACAGUUUUAGGAGAAACUGUAGAAAUUAAAGUAUUUGAUUCUCUAACUUUCUUUCCUAAAUCUAUUAUCGAUAAGUGUUCAUAUAAUUAUUUAGAUUCUCUUGUUGAUAAACAAUUAUAUGAUGAUAUUCCAUUCUUAAUUGACAAGAGCUUUCGUGACACUUUAGAUGUUCGCAUAAAAGUAUGA